AUGGGUCCCCUGAUUGUGCGGGGUGUUCAUGGAGGUGUGCCCGGAGCGGCGGAGCAGCCGGAGCCGGAGCUGGUGGAGGUGGAAGUGGGCAGCACAGCCCUGCUCAAGUGUGGCCCCUCCCAUUCCCUGGGCAACUUCAGCCACGCUGACUGGUUCUCUGUCCACAAGGAGAAGCCGACACUCAUCUUCCGCGUGCGCCAGGGCCGAGGGGAGAGCGAGCCUGGGGAGUACCAGCAUCGGCUCAGCCUCCAGGACAAAGGGCCCACCCUGGCCCUGACAGAUGUCACCCCCCAUGAUGAGCGCAUCUUCCUGUGCCAGGGCAAGCGCCCUCGGUCCCAGGAGCAUCGAAUCCAGCUCCGUGUCUACAAAGCUCCAGAGGAGCCAAGCAUCCAGGCCAAUGGCUUGGGCAUUUCUGUGAACAGUAGGGAGCCUGAGGAGGUUGCUACCUGUGUGGGGAGGAAUGGGUACCCGGUUCCUCAAGUCAUCUGGUACAAGAACGGCCGGCCCCUGAAGGAGCAGAAGAACCAGGUCCACAUCCAGUCGUCCCAGAUUGUGGAGUCCAGUGGUCUGUACACCUUGCGGAGCGUCCUGAAGGCCCAGCUGCUUAAGGAAGACAAAGAUGCCCACUUUUACUGUGAGCUCAGCUACAGGCUGCCCAGUGGGAACCACAUGAAGGAGUCGAGGGAAGUCACUGUCCCUGUUUUCUACCCAGCAGAGAAAGUGUGGUUGGAAGUGGAGCCCGUGGGAGCGCUUAAGGAAGGGGAUCGCGUGGAAAUCAGGUGUUUGGCUGAUGGCAACCCCCCACCCCACUUCAGCAUCAGCAAGCAGAACCGCAGCACCAGGGAGAUGGUGGAGGAGACGACCGUUGACAACGGGGUCCUGGUCCUGGCCCCUGCCCAGAAGGAGCACAGCGGGCUCUACGAGUGUCAGGGCCUGGACCUGGAAACCACGGCUUCCCUGCUGAGUGACCAACAGGAGCUGCUGGUGAACUAUGUGUCUGAUGUCUUGGUGAGCCCCGCAGCCCCUGAAAGCCAAGAGGGCAGCAACCUCACCCUGACUUGUGAAGCAGAGAGUAACCAAGCCCUUGAGUUCCAGUGGCUGAGAGAAAAGACAGGCAGGGUGCUGGGCCAGGGGCCUGUGCUUGACUUACACAACCUGAACCGGGAGGCAGAGGGAGGAUACCGCUGUGUGGCAUCUGUGCCCAGUGUACCCGGCCUGAACUCCACACAGCUGGUCAACGUGGCCAUUUUUGGACCUCCAUGGAUGGCAUUGAAGGAAAGGAAGAUGUGGGUUCAGGAGAACAUGGUGUUGAAUCUGUCUUGUGAGGCGUCAGGACAUCCUCGGCCCACCAUCUCCUGGAGUGUGGGCGGCAAGGCAAGCGAGCAAGACCAAGGUCCACAGAGUGUCCUGAGCAUCCUGAAUGUCCUUGUGACUCCAGAGCUGUUGGAGACCGGUGCUGAGUGUGUGGCUUCCAACUCCCUGGGCAGAAAUACCACCAUCAUUUUCCUGGAGCUGGAGUCCAACAGAACCACUGGGCUCACCACCACCACUGUCAGUCCUCAUGCCAGAGCCAACAGCACCUCCACAGAGAAGAAGCUGCCGGAGCCCAAAAGCAAGGGUGUGGUCAUCGUGGCUGUGACAGUGUGCCUCCUGGUCCUGGCUCUGCUGGGUGCUGUCCUCUAUUUCUUCUACAAGAAGGGCAAGCUGCCUUGUGGGCGGUCAGGCAAACAAGAGAUAACGCUGCCCCCAUCUCGUAAGAGUGACUUUGUAGUUGAAGUUAAGUCAGAUAAGCUCCCAGAAGAGAUGGGCCUCCUACAGGGCAGCAACGGUGACAAGAGGGCUCCAGGAGACCAGGGAGAGAAAUACAUCGAUCUGAGGCACUAGCCACGGAGCCACACUGAGCUCCGCUUCCGCUGGCGCGUCUGCUCCCUGCUCGCCCUCCCCAGCACUCAGGACUGUCACCAAAGCCUCUGAAGUGAAGGACAGAGACCACCCCUGCCCCUCACCUGCAGACCCCACUUCAGAGGGCUGGCCAGGACCAGGGCGCUCCCAAGCAGGACCUCACGCGGCCCUGGCAGCCCCUCCUGGGGCCACCCCACCAUCUUGAAGUGUUGAGUGCUGCUCAUUCCCGAGGGGCUCAAUGUUCAGGAGACGGUAGGAGGGCUCCUUGCAGAACGUUUUCUCUUUACCCACAUGGUGGAUAUAUGUCACCGUCUUCUACCAACAGCUGCGGAACCAGGUGGCCUGUUUGCCUUGAGGGGGUUCCUGCCCCACAGCUGGCUUCACGGUUGAGUGUAUCACUGCAGGUGGGGCACACUGAGCCAGGCCCUCCUCCCCGGGUGGCGUGUGGUGUGCCCUGGCGUGAGCCUGCCCAGCAGUGUGGAGACCAGUUGCCUGCCUGCCUGCAGGAGUCCCUUUUGUGACACCCCUUUCCCUGGGCAGAAGCCAGGAACUGGUGUCAUUCCUUCAAAGAUGCGUUGGCUCUAUCUCUGUCCCUGCAGCGGGGAAGCUGAGCACGUUCCCAGAGUGGAGGCCAUGGAGCACAGCCCCUCUGUUCAGUCAGCUCGUGAUCAUAGACUGAAAGGCGAGAGUAGGGCAGAGAUGAGGUCCAUGUGGUCCUUUAAGGGGAUUAAGAUCAGUUAUACUAGCACCAAACUUCUACAAAUUGAGCUAAUGGACCUAGACCCCCAAAGAAGGACCCCAGUGGGAGGAUGGUGCUUUAAGGAUGAGAAACUGGGGCCAGAGCGUGUGUGUGUAUCUGUGUGUGUGGUUUUGUUAGGUUGUAAAUUUGCAAAGCUUCCUUUACACACAUGCGCGCGCGCACACACACACACACACACACACGUGCGUGCACAUGGAGAAUAAAGCUUGGUUGUCCCAGAACCCUUUCACUGUGCUUCCUUCACUGUGGGAACCACGGUGGCCUGGGCUACACGUGGAACUGUCCAGAAGGACCACCACCCUGGCAGCUGCAGCAGAGCAAGUGGUUCAGCUCCACCACUGGGCGACCCCCACUCCUCGGCAGCAGGCGCCCAAAGCCUGGCGGGCUUCCUGUCACCUGCACUUGCCCCAGAAGCGGCAGGCAGCAUGCAGACCUGUGAUGAGCAGGCCUAUAGCUCCCCAGUUAUCAUCCUCCGCCCCCCGGGAAAGCAGGAACUCAAGUCGGCUACAACAAAAGAAACUUUAUUUAAAAAUACUUUACAGACAUGGGUGCUUGGAAAAGCUCUUUAGUUAACUAUAUAAAUGAAAAAAAUUAAUAAAUAACAUUAGUAUAACAGACCUCUAAACAUUAAUACACUGGCAAAAAAUGGACUUAAAAUGAAACGAAUCUUAAAGCUCUGCUAGUCUCUGUAAGAAUAUUUACCUUCUGUUUUUCUUUCUUUACAUGUGAGAAAGAUUAAAUACUAAUAUAAAA